GUUUCAUUGGAGGAGUGAAUCCAUCAUAGAGACAGAAGGUCGUUUUCUAGGUGACAGUAUCGGGGUUCGGUGAGAGUGAAUUUUCGUACAUGCGUGGGUGUUCAUCGAAGAAAACUUUGGUACUGCUUGGUGAUCACUGCUCAGAUUGAUUACAAUCUGGGGAAUGGAUGAAGUGAUGUAAAGAAAGUAGACAAAAAAUGGAAGCUUUUUUGGAAAAAGGAUAACAACCCAAAAGUGAUGCAAAUGCGAAGAAAAAAAUAAAGUGUGUGCUCUGAGCAGUGAAACAAAACCCGAAAAGCAUCGACCAGGUCUAGAAAUGGUGUUACGCAUUAUCGUUUUGCUAAGCUGUGAUGAGGUGAUUGCUGAUAAGUCCUCCCAAACGGCAUUGAGUGAUGGCGACAAGAAAUAGAAGAAGUAUGGUAUUGAUGUUUAAGACAAAACCACCUCACCGAGAAAUCGGGCAGAAGUAAAAGCUAUAAAUUGUUGGGUGUGUUGAAAAUGAAGUGCAAAAUAAACGUAAAGUGUCGAUCGGAUAAGUCUCAGUGGAAAUCUAUUAGAGACCAGUAUCUGUACGUAAAAAUAGAGUAAUUUUGAAGCUGAACAUUUUUUAGCAUACAGCAGUGCCAAUAGCUUCGGGAGUAACAGCAAUCGUAGAAAAAAGUAACCAUCGAAAAAAGAGAGCAGGCAGUCUGUGGGUUGGAACGCAAGGAUUUUCCUGUGAGCUACACACAGCAUUCACCACCCAGCUUUGGCUGUCUCUCCAAGAUUACCUACCAAAUUUCCCUCUCGUACUCCGGCUAUCUUAUCGCUUCAACACAAAUGCAACCGUAUACCAAUACAGUUGCAGAUUCAGCAGUGGAGAGUAGUGUAGGAAGAGAAAAUAACUAGAAAAAUAAAAGCAUCAAAAAGUUCCAUUACAAAAUGCCAAAAACUACGACUUACGGAUUAAGCUCGCUAGCAACAAUUGAUCCUAGAAGGCUGCUAACGCUGGAACUGUUAGUUCUGGCAUUGCUCUGCCUACUAGAUCAGACGAUUGGCCAGCGCCCUCUUGGUAACGCCACAUUUGGAAUAUCACACAACUCGACGGGUGUGAUAAAUGUCCUGCAGGUCCCUACGACCAGUCAUCCGUCGGAAAUGGAGCACCAUCAGCAUCCAGCGCACAGUAGUAGUGCCAGUAAUCAGAUCGCCAUCGCAGGUAUCGAAGAAAGUGACGGAGUACCUCCGCCACCCAGCAUAAAUGAUAUCACAUCUGAAUCGGGACCUCGGAAUGGGGCUCAGGAUAUGAUCCAACGGAGUCGCAGCAUCAAUCCGUACUUUCCGACACCGGCCACUCCACAGGGUUCCGGCGGUGAAGAGGGACACAACGAUCGACGAAAUUUGCCCUUCAAUCCGUUGCGCCGGAGGAAACCGGUGUCCGGGAUGUCGGAGUUGAGAAAAUUCAACCAGCAGAAAAUGGCUGCAGCUGCUGCCAACGAGAACGGAAUCGAACGGGGAAACGACAGCAGUCACUCGCGUCAGCACUUUCUCAGUAGCGGGAAUGUCGGUAUGCCGGUACAGUCGCCCGGAUGGGGUGGACAACGACGAGGCCGACCGUACGAUAACCGGCAAGGUGACGAUCCACUUCGAACCAUCCGGGAGAAGUUCAACAAUGAGCGCUGGCACAAUCCGAUGAUCGACCGUGCUGAAAUUGACGACAUCCUGGGGGUGAAGUGCAACUUUGAAACUGAGUGCGCCUGGACAUGGGACGAACAUGAUCAGAACGGAUUUCAGGUGGUGACCGGUGCCAAUCUAACGGAGUCCAACCGUACAGGUAUGAUGCCAGGGCCGGCUGCUGAUGUACUGAGCGAUGCCAACGGACACUUUUUGCAUCUACGACUGACCGUCAACAGCACCCCACAGAUACUGACGUCACCGGUAUUUGCCGCCACUCGUGAAAACUGCUAUCUGGAAAUGUUGACCCAUCAAAGCUCGAUGGGUUAUGGUAGCUUGCGGAUAGUGAUCGAAACGAUCGGUAAUCACGAGUCUUCGUGGGUACCGGCGGAGAUCAUGGGCAACGAUUUGCGGCGGUGGCAGCUAAACACGUUUCGGAUCGAUCGAAUAUCGAAGGAUUUCAAGAUACUGUUCGAAGUGGUUCCCAAUCGUCUUGGUGGACAAGCUCGGGGCCAUGUCAGCAUUGACAAUCUACGUAUGGUGAACUGCUUCCCGGAUUCGAUGAACACGAAUAACUGUAGCUAUUCACAAGUACGCUGCACGGCUAAUAAGAUUCCUGUAUGUAUUAAAACACCGAAGAUCUGUGACAUAACUGUCGAUUGUGAUGAAGACGAAGACGAGACUUUAAAUUGCGACAAAAUCCCAUUCGGAGGCAGAUGUGACUUUGAGAGCGGAUGGUGCGGUUGGCAAAACUAUGGGAAUGCCAUACUGUCGUGGGCUCGUCAUUCCGGUCCAACGCCGACGGAAAAAACCGGCCCGGAUAUGGAUCACACCCACGAGGGUACCAAUGUAACAGGCUACUAUAUGUUCGUCAACAUGAACCAGCAUGCCAAUGAUAGCGAGAAGAAAACCCUGGUAGGACUGGCCAGCAACGCCAUCAUGAACAGUGUGAUAUUCAAUCCUCCUCCGCUGGUACACAGCAACGUAUCCUCUCCGUACCGCAAUUCCUGUGUGGUCCGAUUCUACGUCCAUCAGUAUGGGAUGAAUCCAGGUAGCAUCAACCUUUCGAGUGUAGAAAUAAAAGAGAAAGAAAACGUUACCACGACCCUGUGGUGGAGCUCAAAGAACCUCGGCGAAGAUUGGGUCCGAGAAGACAUUGUCCUGCCGAAUAUUACAACAAAAUACUACCUUCAGUUCGAGGCACGCAUGGGGAUGCGUAUCUUUUCGGAUGUAGCGAUAGAUGAUUUUUCGUUGAGUCCGGAGUGCUUCGGACUAAACAUACCGGCUGACCAUCUGCAAGGUUAUAAUUACUGGGAUCCGCGGAUCGGCGGAAUUAAACAGCCACACAAAGACUUUGUCGGGAAGUCAUUCAUUGAGCUCAACACAUGCGGUGCCAAAGGACAGCAAGGUCCAACUCCAGCUGAUUGUCUGGUUUCGUACAACAAUACGGAGGCAUUUAAUGCUAUCCACGUGAUUGAUAGUCAUCCCUUUAAAGGUAUCCAAGCUUGGAAAGUUCCUAAUGAAGGUUACUACACAAUAAUUGCCAAAGGAGCAGGUGGAGGACUCGGUUCAGGUGGAGUUGGAUCGUCCCGGGGUGCAUUGGUUCUGAGUGUACUCGAGUUGCAUAAAGACGAGGAAAUUUACAUUCUCGUUGGUCAGAGUGGAGAACAUGCAUGUAUUAAAUCUAUGGGAUAUCGAGACGAAACUUGUGAGCCCAGGAAUAAGCAAUACUCAAAGGAGAUGUACACCUCUAAAACGCAGCAAGUGAAGAAUACGGUGAUUGAGGACGGUGCUGGCGGAGGUGGUGGAGGAACUUACGUGUUUUUGCUCAACUCCGCUAACACAGCGGUACCGCUACUAGUAGCCGGAGGUGGCGGAGGUCUUGGUGUCGGACGCUACUUAGAUGAAGAUAUUCAACAUGGAAAGAAAUUUAUUCUAGGUAGAAAAGACGUAUCUGGCACAGCACAUUCAGAUCUUGCUCGUCAUGCUGGUCCCGGCGGAGGUUGGCGUGCUCAAGCCGAUAUGGGUCUGGAUCCGAAAUAUGGAGCUUCGUUAUUGGAAGGAGGCCGUGGAGGUUUGCCUUGUUAUCCACCCCGAGGAACACAUGGACAAGGCGGAUUCGGUGGUGGUGGAGGCGGAUGCGAUUCUGGAGGUGGCGGCGGAGGCUUUUCCGGUGGUGAUACAAUGAUCAAUUCUACCAACGGGCAAGGAGGAAGCUCGUUUCUUGCGUCCAAACGAAACGUUCCGGAACUUUCGAUGGAGAGCUCUGGGGCCAACAGUGGUCAUGGAGCGGUACUGAUCAUCCCCGCUAUCCAAGGAUGCGGAUGUGAUUACCGAUGCGUUGCGCUAGAUGAGUACCGGGCUACAGUAGGAUGCAUUUGUCCCGAUGGGUGGACGCUUAAACCUGAUAAUUACACUGCUUGUGAAUUACAAAAUGAAACACUAGAAAUGAAGUACCUAAUCAUAUUCUUUGUGGCCAUUGUGAUAAUUUUAUGUGCAGCACUGGCUAGUCUAAUACUCAUUUUAUAUAAUCGCUACCAACGCAAGCGGCAAGCCGCUCUUCGUCACAAGAUGCUUCUUGAGCAAGACUUGCAGUUGAGCCGCUUGCGCAGCACUACUGAUGACACAGGUCUCACCAACUUUAAUCCUAAUUACGGUUGUGACGGUAUAUUGAACGGAAACGUUGAUAUCAAGAGCUUACCACAGGUGGCUAGAGAAAGUUUACGAUUAGUCAAAGCCCUCGGCCAGGGAGCUUUUGGUGAGGUCUACCAGGGUCUAUAUCGACAUCGGGACGGCGACGCCGUUGAAAUGCCAGUAGCGGUCAAAACUCUUCCGGAGAUGUCUACCGGUCAGGCAGAGUCGGAUUUCCUCAUGGAGGCGGCCAUCAUGGCCAAGUUUAACCACCCAAACAUCGUGCACCUAAUAGGCGUCUGCUUCGAUCGUCAUCCGCGAUUUAUUGUACUUGAACUUCUCGCUGGUGGUGAUCUGAAAAACUUCCUUCGGGAAGGCAGAAACAAACCGGAACGUCCAUCUCCACUCACGAUGAAAGAUCUGAUAUUCUGCGCCUUGGACGUGGCAAAGGGCUGCCGCUACAUGGAGAGCAAACGUUUCAUUCACCGCGAUAUAGCCGCCCGCAAUUGUCUACUUAGUAGCAAGGGUCCCGGCCGGGUAGUGAAGAUUGCCGAUUUCGGGAUGGCUCGCGACAUCUACAGAUCGGAUUACUAUAGGAAAGGUGGUAAAGCUAUGCUACCUAUCAAAUGGAUGCCUCCGGAGGCUUACAUGGACGGUUUCUUCACUUCAAAGACUGACGUGUGGUCGUUCGGUGUGCUGUUAUGGGAGGUAUUCAGCCUCGGUCUGAUGCCGUACACGGGACUGCCAAAUCGUGAUGUAAUGCAACUGGUCACCGGAGGAGGUCGUCUGGAUGCUCCUCCCGGUUGCUCUAAUGCCAUCUAUCGUAUUAUGGCCGAUUGCUGGAACCCAACACCGGAGGAAAGACCAACAUUCUCAAAUCUGCUAGAACGAUUGACAACCUGUACUCAAGAUCCGGAAGUCAUGAAUGCACCUUUACCAAGCUUCUUUAGGCCACCUUCGAAUGAACGAGACACCACGAUAAUGCGACCACCCGGAAACGACGACUUCUGCUUGCAGGUUCCGAAUUCUUCAGAUUAUUUAAUACCAUUACCUGGACCACGUUCUGUCGCGGAGCGAUUACUCAGCGAAGCCACUGGGGUGACAAUCCCCGACUCAAUGGUAACCUGUACCCCGCCAAAAACUGCUUCCCCGAGAAUCAUGAAUGGACCGGUACAACCGCAAGAAGGCAAAUGCUGGGAGACUUCUUUCAUACGAGAACAUCCCACAGUUAUUAGUUCGGGACCCGCCAUACCAACACAGAAUCCAACAUUGCUGGUGAACGAAAAUGGACCCCUUGAUGUUCCCAGAUGUCCUCCAGUGCCCGAUAAGCUUAUAUCGCUGGACACUCCACAGCAAACUCCUACGAGUAUUCAGCCACCGAUUUCCUUCAGCACUCCGAUAACAAACUCUCACGGUGCUUCGAUUGUGGUAGCUCCAACCAGCAUCGCCGGUGUAAACCACAACGGUAUGAUGGCGCACUGCAACGGCAACGGUGGUAACGGAAAUGGUGCAAGCAACGGAUGUCACAAUGGCCAUAGUCACGUUGCACUUCCGCCCCCUGCUGCAUCGGUAGAUCAAAUCGAAACGGCGAAACUGCUCAAUAGUAUACCACCUCCGAUUACACUGGAUCCGUCGACGCUAAACAAACAGCAAACGGGCGUCGUGGGAGUGAGCGGAACGUCCUACGCCAAUAUUCGCAUGAUCAACACGAACAAUUUGAAUAAUGGUGAUCACGGUGAGAAAAUGGUCAGUGGAAGAGGUAAUGGUGGGGGCAGUGGGGGCACUGUAAAUAACAAUCAUCACCACAGUAAUAGCAGCGGUAGCGAUAAGAGCAACGACACGAGGCCGACCGCGUUCACGAUACAGACGUUCAGUGAUCGGUACAUAAAUCAGGAGAAUCACUCGGAGAUUAGUUGUUAGGAUGGUGAGAGAUUAAGAAACGUUCAUGGUAUGGUGAGGUGGAUUGGAUGCUCGACUGGCGGAUUGUUUCGAAUCCGUAUUGUUGAUGGCUUCGUUCGAUGGUUCUGGUUGACUUCGAUUCGAUUGACAACAAUUUUGGCUCUGAGAAUGUCAAACAAAAUCUAAUAACAAUUUAAUAAACGAACAAACUGCGCACCCAACAACAGAAAAUGUAUGAAUAACUAGUCCUAACUGUUUUUGACUAGUUAUUUAUUUUCUUUUCAAAUAAAUCCAUCCAACACGGAAAGUGCAUGUUUCAUAGCUUUAUGCAUGAAUUGAGUUCAAUUUUGGCAAACAAAAAUUACGUUCUCUUUGACAGUUGUCAUGAGAAAGGAAAAUGUUAGUUGUUUUGUGAGCUGUCCAAAUGAUGAUUGUUUACAUUGUUUAUAGAAAAUAGAUACUGAAUUUGCGUUUAGUGUUGUUUAGAUGAGGAAGUUGUUUUUUUUUACCUAUAACAUACUAUAUUUAAUAAUUUAAACAGCUCAAAAGUAUAUUUUUAGAAUGACUAAUUCUAUUUACUAAUACAUUUAUUCACGAUUUAACUUAAUACGUGAAGUGUAGUUCAAAUUAUUUUAGAAGUAUGCUUAUACAUUAACUUUAAUUUCAUGAUGCGGAAUACGAAAGUUUAGCCCGUCUGAUAAACUACCAACAUUUAGUUUAAGUCAUAUGAUAGCAACAUUAUAUUAUUAUCUAGUAUGCCAUAAAACCAAGCAAAUAUAAAAUGUUGGGUGGGUAAUGUCAGAGACGUUAUUUCAAACUAACGUUGAUACGAAUAAAAUUAACACGAAUUGCAUAACUGUAGAAUUGCUAGUUUUUUAGUUUUAAAAUAUUGACUUUUCUUUUUCAACAGACUUCGCAAUCGAUUCUUAACGUUCAGAAUCAUUGCAUGGUUAGUACUACAAUCCUACUGAUACAACGGUGUCCUUCCAGGUCGAAGUUCGCACAUAUGACAACUGGCUUGUAAGACUAGCGCCCUAUGCGAGCCACUGAGGGCGAGGUGCUAAGUCUGGUGAAUAUGGUGGAUGCGAUAGCAAUUCGAAUUUCAAUUCAUGAAAUUUUUUCCAUCGUAACGAUCGAUUGGAGACAAAAAAUCAUCAUCCAUUUGGCAAACAUUUUUUUCCUAAUCGAUUGCUUAUGCAAUAUUGUGAAUACACUUACUUUUGAAAUCUUUACGAUGCUAGUUAUCUCAUGCAUCUUCUCUUGUAGAUUUUCCAUAACGAUGGAAUUUACUUUUGAAACGAUUUCCGGAACAACAAUCUCAUUUGGAUGACCAGAGUGAGGUUCAUCGGCGGUGUUUGCAAGACCGUAUUUCAAUUCUGUAAAUCACUCAAACAAUGGUUGAUUUGCUUGGAGAAGAGCCUGGAUCAUGCUUACCAAGCCCUAUCUCUGCUUGUGAAAUUUUUCUACAUUUUUUCUAAUUUUGCAGAUGUAGCGUUACUAAAAGCACAAUAACUAACACACUAAUAAACCGAAUGUCGUAAAUAUGUUGAUUGAUGUCAUCUGAAGGAUGCCUCUCUUGAUCGCUAGAGGAACUUUUAAUUACUGACGCCAUCUGUCUGUCAGACCAGAGACUUAUUGACCAACCGGUUGGUGUAUCAGGUCUAAUCAGUAAUAUCCGACUUUCGUGAAAGAACAACUCCUGAAAUAGCAAACAGAACCAAUCUACUCUGCACUGAUUUAACUCGGAUGAGUUAUGAAGAAAGUUGAAUUCGAAUUUGCACCCCGCAACAGCGGUCUUUUCGAAAUUCGUAAAUCAUUCAAUCAUUUCGCGAAAAAGCUGAAACAAUCUGUUGUGCUUUGAAUUUUAAAAAUAUUUGUUUUAUCGAUGACACUUGUGAUAGUAGCUUUAAGUUGCAAUAUAAUUAUUGUUUUGUUAUGUUCGUUGAUGUUUUUGCCCGUUUGUGAAUGACAAAUGAAAAUGGGGUUUUUCUCCAUUCAAAUUGUAGAUAAAUGAAUAAAUUUAAUGUGGGUACUAUUCGACAAUUGUGCGAAUGAAUUAGCAGUGAAGAGAAUUCAAGCAUAUCUGUGAGAUAAUUGUCUUACAAAUUUUUAGCUUACCUUACAAAAUACAGAAAACCUUUUCAGAAAUGAACUUAAUAUUAUCAUUAAAAGCCAAUAAUUCAGCGAGAAUAUUUCUGAGCUCCUUGAUAGAUAUGACUCCCUUAGUCAUGGCUCCAUCAAGACAAUAAUCGCAUCGAAUGGACUGUAUUUUUCCAUAUGAAUGUGAUAAUGAAAUAUUUAUCAAUAUUAAAGGUAAUUUGGUUAACUUUGUGGAGACCAUUGUCCAAAAACAUUGAACUUAGCUUUGCUGGCUAAAUGGUAGCCUCAGUGCUUUAUUGUUUUCGGUAUAACUUAAUAUGCUUUGAUAUUGAUAUGAUUGAAAAUCAGUGACUCCAGGGGGCUAGUCUGCGGGAUUCAGGAUAAAGCGAAAAAUUAUCGUUCUUUAGAGCACAGCUGUAAUUUUCGUCUAAUACACUAUUCAAAUUAGUUCUAGAGCCUAAUACUUGAUUGAACUUGAUUAUUGCAAAUUUGAUUCAAAUUUACUCAAAAAGCUUCAGUUGGACUAAGAAUGAAAUUAUUUUUGUCGGGAACUAAUUGAAAACUAUGUAACUCAAUGGCCAAUAUACACAUCUUAGAUAAUUUAGGUUUUAAUGAAGAUGACAAAAACAAUCUUAGCUCAUAAAGCACCUUCAAGAAUUCAAUGAAACUGUCGCAAACCCCUGACAUGUCCAAGAAAAACCAAAUGAUGUUCAGAACCACUAUGAACGAAUAAUAUUUGUACUCUUAAAAGGGAACAGGGGAACGAUUGCUAUUUACAUCCCAAGAAUGUUUAGAAAAAACAUUUUGUUUCUCUCUGCUUUUGACGAAAACGAUACUUUUACUAUGCGAUUGAGAUUCCCAAUGUUUUAAGCGGUAAUGCCAUAAUUAAGCAUCUUAUUAUUAUAUACUGUUUAUUCAGACCCGACUUUAGUCUAACUAUGCUCGUUCGCCGGGUAAGAACUCGCUUCGUGCACGGAGAGUUCAUACAACAAGUAUACUGACAAAGAAUUCAUGAAGCAUUUCACGUGUUUCGAUCAAGUCAGUUAUAUUGGGAUAGCCAAAAACAGGAUUGGAACCAGUGCCGCUUUUACGGUCCUAGGGAGCCCCGGACAGAAUCAACCGAACAAAAAAAAGACAUUCAGUUAGUUAGGAGCAUAGAAAAAAAUCUUGACCCCGGGCCCAUUAACUGCUUGGAACAGUGGUUACGGUGCUACUAUUUCGAUCAGAACAGAUCCUUGUGCUAACUUCAGCCAGUUAAAAAUACCGACACCGACACUGCACUGGCUAUCUAGGGUACUCGAAAAUACUUGAUAUGAAUUGCAGAGCUGCCUGAUACUCGAAGGAUGGUUCAAUGUUCUCCUGACUAUCGUUGCUUUUGUAAAAUGCAUCUUUUUUCAGACUAUUCUAGCAAUACACAAAAUCCUAACGAACACCUAGAACAACAUAACCACCACAUUGAUCAAUUAGCUUGCCACAAUGGUAAUCCUCGUCAUGUCAUGAACGUCCUAAUGCACCAUGGAAUAGACAAAGAAGACUAAAAACUUAUAACGGGUUUCAAGAGAACAGUAACAGAAAUUAUGACGAACUCAUCCGGUAGUCGUCAUCGGGAAAAGAAGAACUACACAAACUCAUACGGAUCUGUUUGACUCGAUGAUGAGGUACAAGGAAGCUAAGCUUCGCUAAGGGGAAAACAGUGGAUUAAAGAAUCAAACUGUAAAAAAGAAUGAUCUAGAUAACCAGUAGUUUUUACAUAAAUGGAUAAAAAUAAGUGUGGUAUAAGGAAAGAUUUAGAGCAUAAAUAACUACUAUUGGUGGUAUCACUAAUUUGAUGAAGUAUUUCGUAACGAAAAACUAGUGUACAUAUAGGUGAUUUUAUUUGAGAAUGAAAAACGUGAAGAACAGAGUUGAUGAGUUGAUUUAGUAAUAUUUAGUGUAUUAAAUAUUAUUGAUAUAGAAAUAUUUAGGCCAGAAAUCAUAAAUGCGAGAAUAAUUGUACGAGCUUGGUUGCAACCCAACAGAUGUAAGAUGCAAAACGAAUGUACGGAUACUAGCGAAUCUCGGUAAUGUUUGUUUGUGCUAAUUUUUGUUUUGAUAUAAUGUGUAACUGUUAAGCUGUUGUUUAUUAUGAUGCUCAAUUUUAACGAAAAAUUACUAGAAUCACGUCAACGUGACUCAACCGUUGUUUAGAUAUGCGGAUUUUUAAUUAUAUUACAUUGUGCUCAUGUUAAUAUGAUUAUGAAACUAUAUGCGAAAAAGAUGUCAAAAAUUGAAGAAAUAGCUCACGCGAUGUGGAUUUGGUUUGUUUUUAUUCUGCUUCGGUAUCGAUGACAAAACGCGAGCUCUCGCAGGUUUGACGUUAACAUCAACGCUGAUUUGAGCUUGGUCACUGUCAUUAACUUGUUGGAGGCCUUUUCCAUUCAGUGAAAUUCAAGACUAGUCCAUAUUCUAUAACUAACUUACGGCAAAUACUUUUCUUUCUAUUUAUUUACAUUUAGAAUAUGAAUUCAUAUAUAGCAGAAAUUAUAUUAUUCGUUUAUCUUUAAACGGAAUUUUGUGAAUAUGAUCUCUACUCUUGAAAAAGAGUUGUUUUCCGUGCGGAGCACUGUAACUGACAAGUUCUAUGCAACUGUUUUGAAUCCGUUAUCACUUACUCCGGUCCAGUGAUCUUAAUGGACCGAAACAACAAUCUGUGAUAACUUUAAUGCUCGGUUUUGAAAUAAAUGCAUUACUUAAUUCAUACGUUUACAGAUGAGAAUUUGUGUAAAAUCGUAAGGCAAAAGCGGUGUAGUCCUAAAAAAAUCAAUUUAAUUUAUCUACAGAAUAAUAGUCCUAAUGUUUUUCUUGCAAACGAAAAUAUGAGCACAAUUCAAAUUAAAGUAAAUGUAAGAAAAUGGCACAAGCGCAAGGCUAAAGUUAUGAUUCGCAUACGAUAUUCUUGUGGCUAAAACCCAUACGAUAUCAUUAUGAAAAUCCAUAUAUUUUUUGCCUGAGUGUAGUUCAAUUGUCCAAGUUAUCAAGCAUUUCCGUCUUGAUACUUUGUUCUCGGUUGUAGCAACAGGACGUGAUUCGACGGAUGAUCCUGGAACGCUCGGUGUUUACUUUUUCUUCCCCAAAUCUUUCUGUUUUUUCAACAAAAAAAUGGCUCUCACUCAUACAAAAAUCUCGGAACCUGUCAAUUUACCAUCGUGAGUUGAUGUUUUCCACCCAGCCCCACAUACAGGAUCAGAAAAUUUUUCUGGUCUAAGAUGCGUGUAGAAGUCAUUUUAGUUGAUUUAACUGAAGUUUACAUCGAUAAAGACACAAAAGUUAUUAUUGCAAAUUGUUAAUAGAUGUAAAAUUGUGACAUAGUCGAAGAAAUUACGGCAAGUUAGAAUUUACGCCGAGCGUAAAUCUCAUUUUUUCGAAGAGUGUGCUCACUAUUAAUGAACUGGUUUACAGCAAAAUAUGAAUAAUUACUCUCAUAUUUUUUCGAAGAAACAUGCAAAAUUUCAGAAGAAUGAAAGAACGGUUCAACAGAACUAGUUCUUUCGGUAGAACUAUUCAAUUCUGGGCGGUUUUCCAAAAAGAACAAAACUUCACAGGCUCAGAGUGUAACUUGCGUUCGGCUACCAAGUGCCGCUGUAUGGCUUUACAUGUAUCAAUUAUACGUCAAGCGGAUAUGGGCUUCUGUGGUUCAGUCCAUUAACUGACGUGCUAUGUGAUCAAAUGUUUAUCGGUUCAAGUCGCACUAUUGCUUUUUUAUUUCAUUCAAACUCGUACAAUUUUCAAAUCACACAAUUUACAUGUUUUUGAAUAUAAAUCUGUGUAUAUUGUAUGUGUGUAACUUUUAAAAUCAGGUUUGGUCAGUCUACGAUGCGCAGGCCUGGCAAACCAUUCUUUGUAUGUUCCAGGUCACCUGUAAACUCAUGAAUGAUCUGCAAAAGUCUAACGAAUCAAGAGGUCAAAUAGGGAAGUAUUCUAUCUUUGCUUUUGAUUUUUAUAGUAAAGGUAUCAAACUUACAUGUUAUUAAACGUCUAAUUGACCAAACAAGCCUGCAACUUUCUAUGUCUAUGGUAUUGCGUCUACAAGUAAGUUUGAAGCAUUUUUAGUUGUCUCACUAAUUGUGCAAUUAUAAGAAGAAUCAAAUUUUCGACUAUCAUAAACCAAGAAUUCAAAAAUGAACUGUCAUCACCGAUAACGAUUGUCGGUAAUUAUCGUUUACAUAAUCAUCACUGAAAAUGAUGACGAAAAUCGUUUGAUAUUGGUGUUGCGAAAUUAUCACAUAAUCCAGAAUCACCGCUGAGUAUGGGGAAAAUCUCAUCACCGUCAAUAUCACUAUAGUGAUGUUACAUAAACUCUCACAGGAUAAUAUAUAAUACUUGCUAUUCAAUGAGGCGAGUAAAUCAAUUUCAACCGAAUAUCAAAAUAUUAUAUGGGUGUUUUUGGAAAGCAUGUUGGAUGUUGAAUAUCAAUGUUUGAAGUCUUUUUAAAAUCCAAGAUGACAGCUUUCGUCCAGUCAAAAUGUCUUUUGAAUAACAAAUUGAAUUUCAAAAUUGUUUUUGACGACCAUAUUCGGCACCCAUUUAUCAUAUCCAUUUCGAACAUAUUCAUAUUGUAUAGUUUUUGAAGACUUAAAUUUCAAAAUGACAAAAUGAUAUUCGACACCCAUUCAUCAUAUCCGUUCUAAAAAACACACUCAUAUAGUGCAUAAAGAUUUGAUUGAAAUUGGUUUUCAAAACCUCUCUCAAACCACUGAGUAUAAUCAUGUUGUAGUGAAACUCUCUGCAUGGAUGAUAAUUGUGAGAAUGAUUUUGAAUGAUUGUCAUUAUUUUGAACUGGAUGAGAUUUUGCUCAUACUAUCAAUGAGUAAUCAUAAUUAUUAUUGACUUUUCGGAUAGUGAUAAUCCAUGCCGAAUGAUUUUUAUCAUCGAUGAUAUUUGAUUAUUUUUUAUUUUUAUGAAAAUUUAUAGUUCAGAAAAAUUCGCGUACAAGCUUUACGUGGCCGAUUGAGCCAUGAUUUUAUUAGAUAAUAUAUUUUUUUUUACCAUAAUUUAUUUAGUUUUUUACUCGUCAUCCAUUGCCGCGUCUGUGGUAUCGUUGUUGGUUUCCGUUUUUUCUUCGUUUUCCUUGUAAUUCGCAGUCUUGAGCUCGUUGUUAGUUGCUGUAGACGCGCCUUGUUGUACAUUAAUUGCAGUUGCUGGUUGGUUUGAUGGUGCAACAGUUUCCGUUGUUGGGCGGUUGUCCUUGUUUUUGUUUGAAGAUGUCCUUUUCGCAGUUUCAGUACAAGGUUUGCCGUAGUGCGCAGGUUGUUCACAAAACUGACAUGUAACCAGUUGAUUUUCAUACGCAAUCAGCGUUUUACACGAAUAUAUCCCGUCUUGAUCACAAAUGAUGUAAGAUGGAAUUGCUUUACGUAGUUGCAUACCUACCACUCGCACGCCAUUCCGAAUACCCGGAAAAAAUUCCGCCAUACUUCCCUUUCGAUGGAAAGAACUUUACCGUACUGCGACAUACUUUCCCGAACGAACUGAUCGCUGGUCUGCGGGGGAAGGUCAUGCACGCGUACUUCUAUGGCAUUGUCCACCAAGCAGGCAUGGCAUUGUCCACCAAGCAGGCAUGGCAAAAACACGUAUCCGUUCUGCACGGUACUCACCUUCACUCAUGAGCACACCACCAGGAGUAUUGAAUGCAACGCUUCGUGCCCGUGUUGAAAAAGCAAAGACCGAACGCUGCAGAAAAUGCACCAGUAGCGGUGGUCGUGUAAUUGCCAAGCAACGGUGUUUGGAUUUUCGGGCAGCACUGAAGUCGUGUGUUUCCGAUUUUGCCUUAUACGUUGCUUGAACCAUAAUCCCCUAUACUACCACGGUGUGACGAAAAAUGCGUUUGAAUGAUUUAUUCUUUUUUCAUCAAUAUGCGUUUGAUUGAAUUCAAUUGAUUGACAAUAUAACCAACGCAUGGGUGCUCUUCGGUGCCUUCGCGGAAUUGAAAACACUCGGCUCCGGUGUUUAACAAACCUGAAAACACGCGGUUUCGGUGUAUGCCGAAGCUUGAAACAUCAGUGCCGAAAACAACACACCGCCACGAGCUUCGUGGCUUCGAACGCAAUGACAUUCUCAAUACACGCGGUGGCGGUGGUUAUAUGAAGCACGCGGUGCAGAGCAGUGUUUCGACAUGCCUGCCACCAAGUACACAGGGAUUUUAUAUUUAACAAUAUUAUGAUCAACACUGUGCACCCCGUCAUUAACCGAAGCGAAUGCGAUUGCAUCUCUUUCACGUUUGAACAUAAUGUACACACAGUUAGAUGCCUUGUUGAAUUGAAUCUCACUUACAUCAUUAACGUUUAGAUGCAUUCGUUCCUUAAGCAAGGUUUCAAUUUCGGUUGCUGCUGGUCUAACUUUGCAGCGCUUGAAAUCAAUACAAAUUGAAUUUGGUCUUGUAGUCCAAAUUUCAGGUUUUGUUAAAUCGUAUUUGCCUAUUUCGUACACUCUAUUGUUCACUACACUGUAUUGUCUUUGUUUCUAUCGUCUCGAUCGUAAGCAAUUUUCGACUGUGUCGGAUGAGAUGCGAGCACGAACGAAAUAUUUGAUUAUUUGAUACUUUCGUUCGUAUGGUAACGAAAAUAAGUCGCCCUACGUCAAAAACAGUAAUGAAUAAAAUUAGUCCGAUCAAGUCAAAUUUAUAUCCUGGGUAUUGCUUAACAUGAACAAGAAAUUCGUUUCGUAUUAGCGGUAAUUUAUGAAAUCUGAGUCGAAAGAAUGUUUCGUCCCUUGAGUUCAUGAAUGAAUGGAACCCAUUUCAACUAAAGUAAGGUAUAAGAACUCUGCAUUGAUCGAAUCAAGGGCCCUGAUUUUACCUAUUAUUACCAGUAUCAUGUUUAAUGAUGUGAAAAAUACUUAGGCCGUGGACCAUUCAAAUUUGACAUUCGACAAAGUUUGACGAAUCAAAAUUUGUUCAGGUUUAUUUUGCACUGCACAUAAAAUGAUAGUGAUAUAGUAAUUGAAACACAGAGAACAUAAGAAAAGCAUGACAAUUUAUUGAAACUUUUUAUUGGUGUCUGUUCUUUGACUGAAAGUAUAAAACUAAAUUACACAGAAGAAAUUGUUACUAAGAAUCUGAAAUUAGAUAUUUUUUUCAGAUUCGGAUCGGAAAUAAUUAUCGAUUUGUUAAAAAUAACCUUGCUUUCGAGCAGGGCUAUUUUUGACAACGACAAAAAAUUGCUCGACUGUCAAAUUUGAACUAGAGUUAAAAGAAUUCGUGAGAAGGUCAACAGGCAUAAUUUUUUCCAACAAAAUAUGUGCGUCGUGAUGUGCAUAAUAACAACCAUCACUGACAUUAUGCCCCACCUUCGAUUCAACAGUAUACUUCGAGUUAAAAUGCUAUUUCAAAGAUUUAUCACAAUUAUUCAAACGAAAUGUAGCGUUGGGAGGAUCAAUAAUAUUGGUUUCCAAUUGUAAAUACAUGAUUAUGCAAUUGAUUUCUGAUGCAAAGAAUAUCUUCUUUAUCUGCAUUUCUUCUAUAUCGACAUUUCAAGGGGUAUAUUGCAUCAUUGUUAUGAGUUGACCACUGAUUUGUUGUGAGGCAUAUUAUACGGUUGCUGGGACAUUAUGCCUAAGGCAAGCGAAAAAACUGUGAAUGUCCUCGUUUUAGAAAAUGUGUUUGUAUCAAUCAAUUAUCAUCACUUCAACCGGGAUCAUUGAAAAUUAUGUUCCUCAGACGUAUUGCAAAGAAAUUCCUUUCACAUUUAUUUUCUCACUGAUUGUAUAUUAUAUCUUAAUGACUCUCGACAAAUUAUGAUGUAGAAACUCAAAAUGGUCGGGUACGCAAACUCCGAAAACCGAACCCAACCCAUACCCGAUUGAGGUUGAAAAUCUGUUCCCAUUUCCGACCCAAAUCUGAAAAAAAAAAAUUAAAGCUGCAAUAUGACCUAAAACCUAAUAAACUCUAAUACAAACUCAGCAGUUUAAUACAAAAAAUGUUGUUUCAAAAUUUGUUUUUGGAGUUUCGCGGUAUUCUUAUUAAGUUUUUAAAGUGUUCAAACCAUGAAAAUUCAAGCGUCAAAUAUCUAAACCGCUAUUUGGAAUGAAGAAAUGCAGCUGAAGAAGUUGGGCACAGAUAUUUUACACACUUACAUAUCGAAAUUUUCUGAAGCAGAGCUCAAAAGCCUUUGGAAUGUAGUGCCCGGACUCCACUUGUUUUGAUGUUUGAGGAUUAAGUUUGAAUCCUUCCUCAUAUUGACAAAAAUUAUUUAAGCAUUAUGAAAAAAUAAUAUUAAUUUUUCUCGACAUGGUUAAAAUCAAAGAACUAAAAAAUUCUUCAUCGCAAUGAAUGGAAUAUGCCAACAAUUUGAUUAAUGACAAAUUUUAGUUCCAAUGAAUGCUUUAAAAUAUCGAAACUCAUUUGCUCAAAACAAACUAGCAGCGAGAAGCUAUUGAUUUCAUGACGCAAAUACGUCUUUAAACCAAAACACUAGUAAGUGCGUAGCGGAACGCUAUAAAAAUUCAAAAGAAAAAGUGUUAUUUGGCGAAACGGGAAAAAACAACAAAACCAUAUAUAUAAUCAGGUUAGUGAACAGAAAUUCUAUAUAGUUGCUAUAUAACUCAAUGUAUGACAAACCGAUGGGCAGAACUAAUCUAGCGAUAAGCAGAAUAUAAAGCAUAAGCAACGAAAUUAUUGUAACCUUGAAGGCUAAGGGGAUCUGAAAGUCGUAAUACUGAAGUUAAUGUAAACUUUCACACCUCCAAAAAAAUAAAACAAAGCAAAUAACCGUAUUUGACAUGAGCACUCAAACCGAUUAAACAAAAAAAAACAACUACAUACAGGCUGGUUUACGAGCUGUAUCAAAUAUGUGUUAAACAGAAAUAAAUACAAGUGCAAACGCAUAAAUCAACAACUUUUCACACUUUACUGGAUGUUACAUGAUUAACAAAAGUAUGCAUAGUUCAGAUGUGAAAUAGAACCUCUCAUUCAAGGCGCAAAGUAUGAACCGGAAACAGGAAAACAAAAACCACAACAAACCAACUCUAUUAAAAUAGUCAAUGUGUCUUCGUGAUGUAAUGAUAAGCCUGUGGCGCAACAUUCACUCGUUUGAAGUGAGCAGAACUAUUACUAGAGUUAUUUUUGUACCACAAAGAGUAUAAGCAGAAACACACCUACAUUUACGUGAAACAAGCGAAACGAGCAUUGUAAAAUAAGCAACUAUCAAAGCAAAAUAGUCAAUAAUCAGGCAUUUAUCAGAGAAUCCAUACAGAAAUCAUCUGAGCAUGCUGCUCAGAAAUGUCACAUUCACAAUGAUCAUAAUACAACAGAAAAUAGCAUAUUGAACAAAAUUAUUCAACACAAAACAAUGCUUUUAUAAUUAGGAGAAAAUUAAUGCGUAAGCAAAAUUUGUACACUAAUGAAGAUUAAUUUUGAUAGAAUUGUACAGGAUAAUCAGUUUAUUAAGAGCAGCACGCAGAGUAUGAUAGAUGAGAUUCAGUGUAGAAAUACGCUGCACAGAAUUGAUACAAAAGCUAGAUAAAAACGCCAAAUUGGACAAAACGAAGCGGGAGUGUAUUUUUAUAUAUGAAUGUAAAAAUAAAUGACAUUUGAGAAACUAAACCUGACAGCAACAGAUAACUGUAGGAAGACAUAUGUUACCAACUUUUUUACCGAGUAAACUAAAACAUAAAGCUUAUUAUAGCGAAGGACGUAGUCACGUGCUUCAGAAGCACAGGCGCAAAUAAGAGUUCUCCUCGGAGCAGAUCAAACGAGGUAAUGUUAAUAGUUCAUAAAACUAAAACAGAAUAAUGAGAGCGCUAAAUAUUGUAUUACUAGUAGGUCUAAUGCAAUUUUGAUAAUUUUAGUAAAAUUUUCAACAACUUUUUUUCUUGUAUCAAACAUAAAUGAAAGUGGCUGAAAAUGAUGGCAAUGCCACUAGUAGGGAUGAAAGCAAGAAAUCUUAAGUUAUUUCUCAAGUGAAAUGAAUCACAACACACACCCGUCUUAAUACGGGAACACGUUAAUAACGGAACACGUUGAGCAAUUGUUCCAAGUUAAAUAAACCUAAACCACAAACGGAAUGUAAGAAAAUGCUUUAAUUGAUAUAUGUGUAUAUACAAGAUGAUGUCAUGAAAUGGAUAAAGAAUAAAUAAAUAAAAUCAAGCAAACAAAAAGUGUAAGGUAUAAAAACCAACAGAAUAUUAAUGUUAUUUAUUUAUUGAUAUUUAUGUAUAAAACAAAGAAAACGAAAAACACAAAAGAAAAGUGAGACAAAAAACAAAAAGAAUGGGGAGUAGAAUGUAAACCAUGCAUACACAUAAACAUACACUCGAGAGAUGAGCAGGUUAGGUCAAACAAUUGUUAUAUACAGUGACAGCAACUGGGAGAGAGUGAAAGAGAGGAUUCAAAUGAAACCGUAUCAUAACUGACUAUUAAAUAAACAAUGACGAUAA